AUGGGCAAGCUUGAUCCUUCCCAGCAGGACAGGUGGUGGAAAUCACGGAUUGAGAAGGAGGAGCUUCAAUAUGGUGUGAAACAACAAGAUGAACCGGAAACUGCCAAGCCGCCCACGAAGGAGGUGACCUUCCUGAACACCCUGGGGCAAGCCCAGAUCCGCAGGGCACCAUCCGACCACCCCCAUCUGACAGGUGCCGGCGUAAUCGUCACGUGUGGCCGUCCUCAGGACCCCCAACGGCCCCUAACGGCAGCCUCAGGAGCACCAUCAGCAGCAGCAGCAGGAGCACCAUCACCACCAUCAGCGGCAGGAAGGGGUCCACAGGACGACGAAGCGCGAAGCAUGGCGUCAGUGGCCAAAUCGGCGGCCGGCAAGGCGGGCUCCGUUGCCUCUCAGCCACGCACCACCAAGGGCAGCCAGGCCGGGACGGAGUCGCAAUCGGCGCUGGCCAAGCGGAUGGACCUCCUGGAGGAGGCUCUGGCUGCGGAACGAGUCAAGAGGCUCCAAGCUGAGGAGGAGAUGAGGCAGCUCAUGGCCCUGCAGCAGCAGCACCGCAAGGGCAUGAAGCCGAUUUAGGAGAGGCGGACACCAGCACGGUCUCCUUUUUCCAACUACCGUAACAUCCCGCAGUGUUGUUUUUAUGUAUGCUUGCUUACUUGCUUCCAUCGCGUCCUGUGCAGGUGUACGUGCAAGCAAAAGCAGUGAUGGUGGUGUUAAGCUCUCUGUGUUUGGAGGCGUGCCAAUAGGGCCGGUCGGAGUUUUGUUCUGUACAAGGCAGGAAGGGUCACCCGGGAUGUAGAUGUAGGGCCAGCUGAACCACGCCUGUUUGCGUGCAUAUAUGUGUCUGUUUGGGUUUCUGUUCGCGAAAAGAGGCUGGGCGUGGUAAGCAGCGAGGUGGAUGGCAAGCAGCGGACAACAGGAACUUGAUGGCGGUGAGGGAGCAAGCGCAUGUUGUGGCAUGUGGGGUUCUCGCCAUGCUGCAUGGGAGUUUGGCAUGGGAGUGCGAGUCUCCUGAUAGUAUGCGGCACCUGGGCUCGCCGCUGGGAGAAGGACAAGUGAUAGGGUCGCUUUUCCCCAAGGCUUGCCCUGUUGUUAGGACGGCCACCGCGGUCCAUACACAGCGACCCUGUCAGGGCGCGAUGAGACAGCCAUGUGACAACCGCCAAAAGUGCCCACUG